GCCAUUUUUGUUGCGUCGACGUCAAGUGUGGCCAGAGGCCUUUCAUCGUAGCCAGUCUUCGAAUUUCCUUUGUAUCGAAGUAUCGACAGACAGAAACUGUAAUUCUAACUACUUGACUUAAUCGACGAGUUUUGUUCGUAGCUCAGCAAGAAACGAAAGUAGGGAAAAAAAGAACGAACAAUUGAAAUUUAUUGCUUAGUGAUUGUCUAGGCGAGAAAUAGCUAAAGAGCUGAGGCAGAGCCACGAAAAAUACGCACCGAGGCGGAGUAAUAUGAGUAAUGCAGCCAACCAGAAUGGAUCAGGUCUAGAGCAGCAGUUAGCUGGUCUGGACUUGCAGGGCUCCCGCCAACCAAGUGGGGGUCGCUACGUACCACCGCAUUUGCGAAAUAAAUCUGGAAGUGAGUAUUGUAACGCACCUUCUGGCGGGGAUCACCAUUCUUCUUCCAACUCAAGACCAUAUUCCGACAGAGAUAGAGGAGGUGACCGUGAUCGUGAAAGGGAUAGGGAUAGGGAUCGUGACAGGGGCAGGGGUGGUUCAGGUUAUAGAGAUACACGUUCUCGCGAUGCCGACUUUGGAAAUUUCGGAAGUUUCGGUGGGCGCAACAGACGUAGUGCCAAUCAAGAAAAUGGACGAGAUUAUAGAUAUGCCAAUUCCGAUCGUGACCGAGAGCGAGAUCGCCCGAUUAGUUCCGGAAAUGAUCGUUGGCCAGAUCCUAGAAACGAUCGCUGGCAAGACAAUAGAAAUGAUCACAGAAUGGGUGGUAGAUGGAAGGACGAUAGGGAAGGAGGCAGAAGAAACUCUGAAAUCGACUGGACAAUUCCCACUUCCAGAGACGAGCGACUGGAGGAGGAAUUGUUUGGUACUGGGAAUACUGGCAUUAACUUUAGUAAAUAUGAGGAUAUCCCAGUUGAGGCUACUGGAGAUAACAUACCUCCACACAUCACAUCCUUUGACGAAGUUAAGCUGACGGAGAUAAUAAAGAAUAGCAUUAGUUUGGCUGGUUAUGAUAAACCUACACCAGUACAGAAAUAUGCGAUACCGAUUAUUAUCGGACGCCGUGAUGUUAUGGCCUGUGCCCAAACAGGGUCCGGUAAAACUGCGGCCUUUUUAGUGCCAAUAUUAAAUCAGAUUUAUGAAAGCGGGCCACGUCCACCACCAGUACAUUCUUCUGGAAAGCGCAAACAAUACCCUCUUGGUCUAGUAUUAGCACCUACAAGGGAACUUGCCACACAAAUAUAUGACGAAGCACGGAAGUUUGCAUAUAGAUCACGUAUGCGUCCUGCUGUUGUCUAUGGUGGUUCAAAUAUUUUGGAUCAAAUGCGCGAGUUAGAUCGUGGCUGUCAUCUGCUUGUAGCAACACCUGGUCGUCUUGUAGAUAUGUUAGGACGAGGUAAAAUUGGGUUACAUAAUUGCCGAUAUUUAGUAUUGGACGAAGCAGAUCGUAUGUUGGAUAUGGGUUUUGAGCCUCAAAUAAGACGUAUAGUUGAAGAGGACACAAUGCCUCCUACUGGGGAGAGACAGACUCUCAUGUUUUCAGCUACAUUUCCGAAGGAAAUACAAAUGUUGGCAAGAGAUUUUCUCAGUAAUUAUAUCUUUUUAGCUGUAGGCCGUGUUGGUUCUACAUCUGAAAAUAUUACUCAGAAAAUUGUAUGGGUGGAAGAACACGAUAAACGUUCUUAUUUGCUUGAUCUUCUUCAAGCUAGCAAUUUCUCAGAUCCUUCUGCCGAGUCAUUGACUCUAGUGUUUGUGGAAACAAAAAAAGGUGCAGAUAUGUUGGAAGAAUAUUUACAUCAAAUGGGAUAUCCGGUCACUAGUAUUCAUGGUGAUCGAACACAGCGUGAACGAGAAGAAGCAUUACGUCGAUUCCGAGCUGGUAAAACGCCAAUACUUGUUGCUACUGCUGUCGCUGCCCGUGGUUUAGAUAUUCCACACGUGAAACACGUAAUAAACUUCGAUUUACCAGGAGAUGUGGAAGAAUAUGUUCACCGAAUUGGUCGUACUGGUCGUAUGGGAAAUUUAGGUUUAGCAACGUCAUUUUUCAACAACAAGAAUAUUAACUUGGUGCGCGACUUGGUAUCUCUCCUAGUUGAAGCUAAUCAAGAACUUCCGCCUUGGUUAGACGACAUGUUUAGUGAAGCAAGAUAUUCCGGAGGUGGAUCUCGACGUGCCGGAAGUACUAAAGGCCGAUUUAGCGGUGGAUUUGGUGCUAGAGAUUAUCGUCAGCAACCUAGUUCCGGAUCUGCUCGUAAUAAUGGUUCCUCCAAUAGGCCUGGCAGUUACGGAGGAAACUACGGAAAUUACGGAGGUAAUUAUGGCAACUCAUCAUAUAAUAAUUCUGCUAACAACGUCAACAGUAAUGAUCCUGAUUGGUGGGACAAGUAAAUCAUUAUCACCAUCUCUAUUUUCACUUUUACCAUUAUUACUACUGUACACGUAAAUUCAAAUAUAUGUAAGAAAGACACGUACGACAUACACAUCGGAUACAACACGCACGUAUUUACGCGCGUAUACGUAUACACGAGAAAAGACAGUAUCGCGUAUAACAAAUCACGUUCGCUGACUGCCUGUGCACUACAAUUUUCAAACAAAAAAAAGAAAAGAAAUAAUUGUGUUUAUUCAAUUCCAUAAAUACUUUUAUUCGCGUGCGACGAAACACGAUUGACAAAUCUAAAAUGCAAUCCCAGCAUUAAGAACUGUGAAGGAAAUAAUCAUAUGAAUGAUAAUAAUGAUCUCAUUUUUAAGAGGUUCAAAUAGUUAUCAGGAUUUGUCAGAUACUAGAUAAAAUGUAGGAUCCAUCCAAGGUUUCGUUGCUAUGCGUAUUGAAGAACACAAAUAGUAUAAUCAUUAACGAAUCAAAUCGGGCAGUCGUUAAUGUCUAGCUAGGGCAUAACGAUGUGACACGUAGUAGGUGAAGAAACUUAGUAAAAUUUUUUAGAACUCCUGUCGAGACUAUGGGGCUCGUUGUGGCUUCAUUAUUAAAAUUUUUGAAGGACGUGGUGGGCGUAUCUUCGAGAAUCGUGGCGUCUAGAUUCAUGUAAUCAUAGAGCUUUAAAUGCACAAGUGCUUUAUUAUUCUCGCCUAGAUGAUGGCCAGUAACUUGUGUAAUAUAAUUUAAACGAAUAUGGCGCCAUCUCUUUCUUUCUUUCUUUCU